AUGGGAACAACAGGCAUUGGCCUUCAUCGGAGGGGACGGAUUGUAGGAUCGGUAGGAGGGAGGUUGGUCCCGAAGGGUUCUGCCGUUUUGGGGCCGGUUGGGAGGCGACCCUCUUGUCCUUGUGCCUCGUGGCCUGUCGUCGGGCGCCCUUGUUGCCGAUCAUUCCUUCUGGCCGAUCCAAAUGCCGUCGACUGGCGUGAGAGUGUCGUGUCGAGGGAGGUCGGAAUGUAA